UAGCGGAUUUUAUGGGUUAUUAUAGCUCAGAAUUGCAUUCUGGGAUAGAUGAAUAUCGUAAUGCCCGAUGGGAUAGGAUCCGGGACACCACGUGGUGCGUCCUCUUUUCACCCACAGCCAUGGCGGAACAAACAGAGAGGGCGUACCAGAAACAGGCCCCCAUCUUCCAAAACAGGAAACGUGUGCUUGGCCAGGUCACCAAGAAGAAGGACCUGCGCUUUGUCAGGAAUGUUGGCCUGGGAUUUAAAACACCAAAAGAUGCCAUCGAAGGUACUUACAUUGACAAGAAGUGUCCCUUCACUGGCAAUGUGAGCAUCCGUGGACGUAUUUUGACUGGUAUCUGCAGGAGCAUGAAGAUGAAGAGAACCAUCAUCAUCCGACGGGACUACCUUCACUACAUCAAAAAAUACAAUCGGUUUGAAAAGCGUCACAAGAAUCUAGCUGCUCAUUGCUCUCCAUGCUUCAGGGAUAUUGCACUUGGGGAUCUGAUCACAGUUGGACAGUGUCGUCCUCUCAGCAAGACUGUGCGUUUCAAUGUGCUUAAAGUCAGCAAGGGCAAAUCCACUAUGAAGGGAAAGAAGGAAUUUGAAAAGUUCUAAAUGUCAUCAAUAAUAAAUACUCUUGUUGGCUGAGA